UGGAUCAGGAAGAGCAGAAUCACGUUAGUCUUCACGCGCGGCGCCUUGAGAGUUGGCGGGGAGAAAGUUUGUAUCCUUUCAACACGUCAUCUUUGAAUCUGUACUUUUUUCAGCCGAGCGAAAACCCACAGCUAAAAAGAUCAUGGAUAAAGUGAUGUCAUUGGUGAAAAACCUUGCAUCAUCUGAGCCAACGGUGGACACUGAUGAUGGCAGUGUUGUCACUAACAGAGACAUUAACAUAAAUUCCAAGUGCCUCAAGAUGAAGAUUGAAACAGAGAGUGAUGAUGUACGAAAACCUGGGAAUACAGCUGCACCAACCAACCAAACAGAUUACACUGCUAAAGGCGGCAGUGUGAUCUGCACUGAUAAAAUAACCGGGACCAUUGAUGAAGUUGAUCUGUCAGUGUCUGUGAAAAAGCCAAAAGUAAGUCCAGCAAAAGUAGAUGAGACAAAGGUUCCUUCUUCUCAGGGCACUGCUGUGGCAUUCAUCCUUGAACACAAGUUGGAGCUCAUCGACUGCCUGAGGGCUGACCACUCCUUCAUUCUGCAGCAUGUGCAUGCCAAACACAUCAUCACAGACAGACAAUACCAGAACAUUAAGCAUAUCUACCAGCCAGAGAAAGCUGUUACUGAGCUCAUUGAUACAGUGAUCGGUAAAGGUGAAGAAUCUUGCUCUCUUUUUCUUCAGGUUCUCAAAGAGCCUGAUGUUUUUAGCACAUAUCCACGACUCAGAGAAAUAAAGUAUGAUUAGCAAUAAUUCAAUCAAAUUUCAGUAGACAGCUUUAUAUUUGAACUAUGGUGCAAGUUUAUGAAAUUUAAACAUUAUGCCAAAUUUAAACAUUAAAACCUGUCUGUGUUCAUGUUUUUGUAACAGCCAAAUUUUAUAAAUAAAAAUUUCAAAUCA